CGCCGCGCCGCCUCAGCUGCGCCCGCCCGGCCACGUCCGCGCCGGGGCCAUGGGCUGCCCGCUGCUGCGGCUGGCGCUGCUGGUGCUGCUGGCGCCCCGCGGCCGCGCCUGGGACAGCGGCGACCUGGAGCUGUUCGACCUGGUGGAGGAGGUGCCGCGCAACUUCUACGACUUCCUGGGGGUGCAGCAGGAUGCUUCAUCAGCAGAUAUUCGGAAAGCAUAUAGGAAGCUUUCACUGAUUUUACACCCAGACAAGAACAAAGAUGAAAAUGCAGAAACACAGUUUAGGCAAUUGGUGGCUAUCUAUGAGAUUUUAAAGGAUGAAGAAAGAAGGAAGAGGUAUGAUGAUAUUCUGAUCAAUGGACUACCAGAUUGGCGACAGCCUGUAUUCUACUACAGGCGGGUGAGAAAAAUGAGCAAUGCUGAGCUGGCAUUACUCUUGUUCAUUAUACUCACAGUGGGUCAUUAUGCUGUGGUUUGGUCAAUCUACCUGGAAAAACAGCUGGAUGAACUGCUUAGCAGAAAAAAGAGGGAGAAGAAGAAAAAAACGGGAGGCAGAAGUGAUGAAGCAAAACUUGCUGCUCCUGAAAAAAAUGAAAGAGCACUGGACAAACCACAGUGGCAUGACUUACUUCCAUGCAAGCUGGGAAUAUGGUUCUGUCUCACUGUGAAAGCUUUGCCUCAGCUAUUCCAGGAUGCCAGACAAUUAUAUGUAGAAUAUAAAGAAACAAAAAUGAAGGAGAAAGAAGAUGCCCUGGCUAAGGCUGAACUUGAAACACUGCAGAAAGAGAAGAAGCCUAAAGUCAAGAAACCAAAAUCUGAAUUCCCUGUAUACACUGUUCUGGAAUCAAGUGCAUACAUGCCAUCCUAUGACCAUGGAGCUUCUAUAGAAGAGAUCGAGGAACAGAUGGAUGACUGGUUGGGAAACAGGAACAGAACACACAAAAAGAAGGCACCUGAAUGGACAGAAGAGGACCUCAGCCAGCUGACAAGAAGUAUGGUUAAGUUCCCAGGGGGGACCCCAGGUCGAUGGGAAAAGAUUGCUCACGAAUUGGGUCGAUCAGUGGCAGAUGUCACCAUGAAAGCCAAACAGGUGAAGGACUCUGUGACGUAUACACCAGGUGUCACCAGGCUCUCCGAGCUUAAAACCUUGGCCCAGAAUUCCAAGAAUGCCAAAGUCUCCAUGAAUCUACCAGAUCACAUCAUCACGCAGAGGGAAAGAGAGGAGGAAGAGGAGGAGGAGGAGGGGAACUUCAGUCACAGCCCAGAACAGACAGGUGCCCAAACAGACCCCAAGGAGGGCAGUGCUGGUGAGACCAGGCAUCGCAGGCGGAAGGUUCCCAAAGCACCCGAAAUGGUGCCAGCAGCAACAAAAGAGGGAUUGGAGGAGAAGGGCAGAGGGAGACGCCAGAAGGAUUUCGAUAACACAGAACAGGAGGAAGAAAGCGAUGACGAGGGCAGAAAAAGAGAGAAGAGCCGUGCCUUAGAAGAACUGUGGACUCAGAACCAACAGAAGCUUCUGGAAAUGGCCUUGCAGCAGUAUCCAAAGGGAACGUCGGACCGCUGGGACAAAAUAGCAAAAUGCGUUCCUGGAAAAAGCAAGGAGGAGUGUAUAGCAAGAUACAAGUUGCUUGUUGAACUGGUACAAAAGAAAAAAAUGGCCAAAAGCUGAGUGCUCUGAGCAGAAGAAUCUACAUCAUCUUUGUCAAAAUGGGGUUGUAAAACUUGUAUGCAGGAAACUGCAUUUUUGUACCUCGGUAUUUCUAUACGUCACGUGCCUUAGUAAAAGAAAGUAUCAAUAAAUCUUUUGCCAUCUUACCAA